CAUAGAGCAAAGGGGCGGAGCGAACGACUGACAAACAUGCAGCAGUCCGAAUGAACCUCUCUAAACGAUCAUAAACUACAAACCAUGGGGUUCGUCUUUCAAAGACAGCGCUAUAUACCGAAACAUUUACAUAUAUUUUACUAACCGUUGUUUGACAGAGGCGUCUGUCCUCUCGCGCUUGUUUGUUUACGUCUAGUUUCAUGAUAUAAAGUAAAUUUAUGGUCGCUAUGGAUUACCUGCUGCAGGUGAAAGUUGGAGCUCUGGUUGGGCUGCUGUUCCUAACUCUGUUUUUUGGUUUUAUCCCAGCGCGGAUGAAAUGGUUUCAAGUCUCUAGUGGAACAGCGACCCACAGGGCUGUGCUGAGUUUUGUGAGCUGCUUCGCAGGUGGCGUCUUCCUGUCUGCCUGUUUGUUAGACAUCAUCCCAGAUUAUCUUUCCGACAUACAUGAAGUGCUACAAAAACAAGGCCUUGAUGAAGGAUUCCCGCUUGCAGAGUUCAUCAUUGCGUGUGGCUUCUUCACUGUCUUGAUCUUGGAAAAGAUAGUUCUGAGUUGCACAGAGGGCCACAGAAAUGAGGAGACGGCUCCUCUUAUAGCUCCUGCAGGUAACGGACAUGCCCAUGGACAUCCCUCUGUGAUUGAUCUGGAGGGGAGCGGUCACCACGUCCACGUGGAUUUUCACGCACACUCGUCCUUCCGCUCCUUCAUGCUCUUCCUGUCUCUCUCUCUCCACUCGGUGUUUGAGGGUUUGGCCAUUGGCUUGCAGACCACAGACACAAAGGUGCUGGAGAUCUGCAUCGCUAUCCUGGUCCACAAGAGCAUCAUCGUCUUCAGUCUGUCGGUGAAGCUGGUCCAGAGCGCGGUCAGGCCCCUGUGGGUGGCGCUCUAUGUAGCUGUCUUCGCUAUGAUGUCUCCUCUGGGCAUCGGCAUCGGCAUCAUUGUGAUCGAGGCUCAGCUGAAGGCUGGUGCUUUCAUCCAGGCGGUGCUGGAGGGGAUGGCGGCCGGGACGUUUGUCUACAUCACCUUCCUAGAGAUCCUUCCCCAUGAACUGAACUCCCCUGAGCGACCUCUGCUCAAAGUGUUCUUCCUCCUGUGUGGUUUCUCAGUAAUGGCUGGUCUGUGUUUCAUGGGCUGAAAAAUACUUUCCCUGUGGCCAGAAAACUGCAGCCUCCAGCAAAUUGCACUGAGUUAGCCUUCACAAACUGCAUGUGAUUUCAAGAAAACGAAAGGCUCAGUUCGCUUGCUUUUUAGAGAAAUGAUAUUUUCAGAUGCGGAUGUCUUUAAAAACUUUGACCUGAUCAUUGAUCAGUUUUAAAACGAGGAAA